GACAUCGCCGCCAUCAUAAAAGCGCACAUACACAAACGCAAAUGCACCGAGAAUAAAACUGAAAACGGGGAACGAGUAAACGUCGGUUCUCUUGAUUCAACACUUGUUAAAUUUCAUUGCGUUUGCGAUUCUUUUUUACAUAAAUUAAACAAAACCAACGCAUUCAAACUUAAUAUUUUACCUGUGAUUGCCAACAACUAAAGUAAGAAGCAAGUAAUGUGCGAAAAGAAUUGCCAAAAUUUGUAAUUUUUGAACAAAAAAUUGCAACAAAGCAGACGACGGCAAAGAAAGAAGCAGAAUAAAGCGGCUGCUCCAAACCAACAAGCUUCGCGUAUACAUAUAUAUAUUUCAGCAUUUCUCAACUUUUAAAUUAGGCCGCAUACAAACUCCACACACCAAAAGUAUAACAUAAAAAAUAAAACAAGUCCCUGUGCGACGGAGAAUAACAGCGAAAAGCAAAACUAAGACCUCAUAAAACACAUAAGCAAUAAUUUUGUGCAUUAGAAACAGACAUCGAGCAACUGCUACCAAGACUAAAUCAAAUUCAACUCGGCAAGAACAGUAAAUUCUUCAUCUCACUCUUACCGGGACUAAACUCAGCCGCUUAGCCAAACGCUUGGAACUCUAGCAAUGGUCAUGGAUGCGACACAAUCGCAACAGCCUUCGCCGCAAUCGGUGGGACGCGAAUUUGUGCGUCAGUAUUACACGCUGUUGAACAAGGCGCCCAAUCAUUUGCAUCGCUUUUACAACAACAACUCGUCUUUUAUUCACGGUGAAUCGACAUUGGUUGUGGGCCAGCGCGAGAUACACAAUCGCAUACAGCAAUUGAAUUUCAACGAUUGUCAUGCCAAGAUCAGUCAGGUGGAUGCCCAGGCCACGCUCGGCAACGGCGUUGUCGUCCAGGUCACUGGCGAGCUGUCCAACGAUGGCCAGCCGAUGCGUCGCUUCACCCAGACAUUUGUCCUUGCAGCCCAAUCGCCGAAGAAGUACUACGUGCACAAUGACAUCUUUCGCUACCAGGAUCUUUACAUCGAGGACGAGCCGGAUGGCGAAUCGCGUUCCGAAAACGACGAGGAUCAUGACGUUCAGGUCCAAGGGGUUGACCAGGCCGUCCAGGUUGUAGGCGAGGCCGCUCAACAGCCACAGCAGCUGUCCACUCAAGUGGUAUUGCCACAGCCGGUCGUUCCCGUUGCUGCCGCUGGCGGAGCUGCUGGAGCGCCGCAGCAAUUGUUUUAUCCACUGCCAGCGGGCGCUGCUACUGGACGACCUGUGGCCGUUCUACCAGCUGCACCCCAAGCUGCAGCGGUGCCGUUGCCCGCGCAGUUCACGAACCCGCCGCCGCCAAUCCAGAACGGAGUUGUGCCACACGAUGAAUUGCCACAGCAGCAAGGACCACCACAGGCCUUGGUUCAGGCCAACGUCUCGCCUCUGGUGCAGCAGCAGCCAAGUGGACCCGUGAUGCUGUCCAAUGUGGGUAUUGUGCAACCAGUGCCAGUGCAGCCAGCUGCAGCCUUCCAGCAUUCGCCGCUUGUCUCGGCACCACCUCAGCUAAUACCCCAGCAGCAUCAGCAACAGCAGCAGCAGCAACCACCGCAGACUCUGCAGCAGCCGUUGGAGCCGGAGGAGCCAAUCAACAAUGACGCCAAGGUGAGCCACUUGCAGAGGGCAACUACUCCAGUGGAGGACUUCAAGACCAUUCAUGAACAGCAGCAGCAGGAGAAGUACGAGGCCGCCAAGCAGCAGCAGAACGAGCCCAAGACUUAUGCCAAUCUGUUCAAGUCCACUUCAUCGUCGCCCAGUGGCUUCGUGAAUGCGGCACUGCAGCAACAACAGCAGUUGCAGCAACAACAACAGCAGCAGCAACAGACUCAGAGCACUGUAUACACAACGUCUUCAUCUGGCGGCGGAAGUGGCGGCCAGGCCAGCUACUCAACAACCGCAUCUUCCUCCUACAACAACACCAACAACAAUUCUCGCUUAGACAACGGCGGUCCACUGCCACAGCGCAACAAUUUGAUUAGGAACAAGGAAUUCGAGCAACGUCGUCCGAGCAACGCACAACAGUUUGGCGAUAAUCAGCAGCUCUUCUUGGGCAAUAUUCCACACCAUGCCUCCGAGGAGGAGCUGCGUCAGCUAUUCUCGCGCUUCGGAAAUGUUAUUGACUUGCGUAUUCUAUCGAAGGUCGGCAAGAUAAUAACGGGCACACGCAGUCCACUAAACUAUGGAUUUAUCACCUACGAUGAUGCCGAGGCGGUACAAAAGUGCCUGGCCAAUUGCCCCCUGUACUUCCCGGAAAAUUCGCCCGACGGCCAGAAAUUGAACGUGGAGGAGAAGAAACCACGCAUGCGCAAUGACAUGCCACCCCGUCAGCCGAUUGGCGGCAACAAUGUGAAUAAUAUGGGCCGCAACAACAUGCGUGCCGGUGGCGGCAACAAUGGACCGCGCAUGGGCGGCAAUAAUGGUGCUAGCUUUGGACAGCGCAACGACAAUCGCAGCGGCGGUGGCAAUCAGUCCAAUGGACCGCUGCGCGGUGCCGGCAAUGGACAAACCGGUGGCGGCAAUUAUGGACGCCGUUAAAAUGCAGAGUAGAAUCUGCACUAGUUGGCCACAGGCAGUCGAUGGCCGACACAU